AUGAGACAGCAGAGCGGCUUCCCCGAAAUGGGGGGCCCAGGGGCCUGCUGCCUCCCAGCCAGGGGCCGGCCCCCCUGCCACACCGGGGACUCGCAGCCCAUGCUGCAUGGGCUGGGCUGGGCCCAGCUGGCGGCGUGUGCCAAGGCCCUGGAGAGCUCGGAGGAGCUGCUGGAGGCGGCCAACCAGGCCCUGGGGACGGCCAACCACCACGACUUCCCUCAGGCUGCCAAACAGAUCAAGGAUAGUGUGACGAUGGCACCCGCCUUCCGCCUCUCGCUCAAGGCCAAGGUGAGCGACAACAUGAGCCACCUGAUGGUGGAUUUUGCCCAGGAACGCCGCCUGCUCCAGGCCCUCGCCUUCCUGCCAGUGCCCAGCACCCCCGAGAUCGACCUGGCGGAGUCGCUGGUGGCCGAUAACUGCGUGACGCUGGCCUGGAGGAUGCCCGACGAGGACAGCAAGAUCGACCACUACGUGCUGGAGUACCGCAGGACCAACUUCGAGGGGCCACCCCGCGCCAAGGAAGACCAGCCCUGGAUGGUGGUUGAGGGCAUCAAGGGCACUGAGUACACCCUCUCCGGGCUGAAGUUUGACAUGAAGUACAUGAAUUUUCGGGUACGGGCGUGUAACAAGGCUGUGGCAGGCGAGUUCUCUGAGCCGGUCACUUUGGAAACGAGAGGUGGGUAUCGGGGGGUGGCAGGGCACCCGUCACCCACCGUGCCACCCCGUGCUGCCCCUUCCCAAGCGUGCCAGGGGUCUGGGACCCCUUGGUGGCAGGCAAGGAAAGACGGCAAGGGCAGGACGGCCUCGCCUGCCAACUCGCCUGCCAGGGUGGUGCAGUCGCCCAAGAGGAUGCCCUCGGGGCGUGGGGGCAGAGAUCGCUUCACCGCCGAGUCCUACACGGUUCUGGGUGACACGCUGAUCGAUGGUGACGACCACUACUGGGAGGUGCGGUACGACCGGGACAGCAAAGCUUUCGGUGUGGGGGUGGCGUAUCGCAGCCUGGGUAAAUUCGAUCAGCUAGGCAAGACCUCGGCCUCCUGGUGCCUCCACCUCAACAACUGGCUGCAGGUCAGCUUCAGCGCCAAGCACGCCAACAAGGCCAAGGUGCUGGACGUGCCCGUGCCCGACUGCAUCGGCGUCUACUGCAACUUCCACGAAGGGUUCCUGUCCUUCUACAACGCCAGGACCAAGCAGCUGCUCCACACCUUCAAGGCCAAGUUCACGCAGCCGGUGCUGCCUGCCUUCACGGUCUGGUGCGGCAGCUUUCCCCGACCCUACUAUCACGGCAACCCCAGCGUGGAGUCCAAAAUCGCGCCCUUCUGGGUGAUGCCGCCGCCGGAGCAACGGCCCAGCGACUACGGCAUCCCCAUGGAUGUGGAGGUGGCCUACAUCCAGGACGGCUUCCUCACCAACGAUGUCCUGCAGGAGAUGACGCUGCUGGUGGAGUUUUACAAGGGAGCCCCUGACCUGGUGAAGUUUCAGGAGCUGUGGAGUCAGGAUCAGACCUACCUGGACAAGCUGAAGGGCUCCCUGGCCUCCCGCACCCCCAAAGACCAGAGCUUCACCCACAUCCUGGAGCAGACCCACAGCCUCCUCAAGCUCAGCAGCUGA